AUGGCGGGAAUCUCUAGUAGUAGUCAAAAUAAUAAUUCAAAUCGACCACGAGCCUCAGCAGUUUCCAUUAUUGCACUACGGUUGGCACCGGAGCCCAGUGGUAUCCCUGAGGUCCCUACUGGGCAUAAAUUUCCCCCAAUAAGUCCUCCCGCAAUAGCCUCGGCCACUGCAGCAGCAGCCGUGGCCGAUCAAUUCCGGUCGUCGCAGAAAGCGCCGGGAUGCGAUGGGGAGGCAGUGCAAACUAUCACGGAAGAGUGUGAGAGGCUCUUCUGCGACACAUUGUGGGCAGUGUUCCUUGGUGAGAGGCAACUUGCUCCACAACAGUCGCUGGUGGUAGGUGCGGCUCGCAACAGUAACAAUAACAACAAAAUCAUAAACCUAUCGGGCAUGCCAACGAAACGGGUGCCUGGCCGAAUCCAGAACUGUAUUGAAGUGUGGGAUUAUGCUGGAGACACAAUUUACAGGGGGUUUGUUGCUGCUGAUGGCAACCAACGGACCUUGUUUGUGUUUUUUGAUCGCCAUACUUGUGCUGGGCAAGGGUUCAAGUCUGGGUUGAUGGCAUUGUUUGAAAUUGCCAGCAUUUCCGAACUCGGCUGCUCAGAAAUGGUUGCAUGUGUUGAUCGAUCGAUGGGCGCGACAGAACUUGAUGCUGUAAUACGAAAUCUAGGCUGGGUUGGGUUUGAAUUGAGCAGUUUACGUGACUGGGUACCCCCGUCCGCGAAGGGGCCAUUUAUCAGUAACAGAUGGCUGUUUAUGACGGUUGAAAUUUGA